AUGGCGCAAGCUUAUCAACCACCUGACCCUCAAGAUAUGAUAUCACCUUUUGCCAUGCCUCCUCCGCAGUGCGAGACCAUCCCUCAAGGUCAUUCGGGACAGUUUGCAAAAUCUCAGAUUUUGCGUCGGCUCUCCACGAAGUCGAACACCUCAUCGAAUAGCAGCAGGAGAACAUCAGCAAGAAUUGUAAAAAUUGGAGGAGUGGGAAAUAGCCCGCAUAACGUACAAAGGAGGAGAACUACGGCAGCCCACCGGAUGGGCGACUUCACACGGAGUAUUCAUGACAAUCCGUAUCUGACGCGGGAGCAUCGACUGUGGAACUACCAUCAGGCUCGGCAAACUCCCGAAGAUGUCAGACCUUUCAGCUGGCACCCUGGAUACGAAGGCUCGCAUUACUCCCAAGAGCCAAUCCACACAAAUGAGUUGGCAAUGGGAAACACAAUAGCGGGAUUGGAGAGCCUAGCUGUCACCAAUACGCCGCCUUCGGUUGAAGAUUCGAUCCACAACGCUUUUACGAUGGGUUACGGGUUUCCUGUGGGCAUGGCCACGCAGCAGAAUACACAUCAGCUUGGUUCUCAUCUGGAUUGCAGACCAGCCCCGUGCAAUAUAACUUAUCCACAGCCUUUUAGUCAGGACAUUCGUCAUGGUGACUGUUCGACUUCUCAGUGGCACUAUCCCUACAAUCCCACACCGUACGACAACCCUACUUUCGCUGGUCCGGCAGUAGCUCCACAACAAUUCUCCAGCGGUGGUAGCCAUGUCCAUCACAAGGCACAGCCAGCUCAGGUGGAGGACGAGGGUGAAGAGUUAGUUGGCAUAGGGCUUUACGACAAGGGAGACGUCGUUUCCCCGAUCUUCAACCCGGCUGUACCCAAGGUGUCACAACAGAUCAAAGUAGGCAAGGACCUCAAACUCGAGGAAACCUGGCAACCUCCCGAAAAUGUUGAUGACGACGAUGAUUCUAGCGUGGAAGGUGAGGAGGUUGACGAGCUUCAAUGCAUUGCUCCUGUCGCUGGCGAGCCCCAACACACAUGCUUUCCUUCUUAUGGCGACUUAUCCAAUCAAACCUUCUUCUUGGACGACAAUGAUGACGCGUACGUCAACAACGAUCAGUACCCCGACUACCUGGGCCUGGAUUAUAACAGUGGAUUGCAGGCGAAACCGCAGCCUACCGAAUCAGGCAACAUCUUCUGGUUUUGA